ACCGCGAGCGCUUGGUUGGAGCGACGCCGCAUCCCAGGUCCCGGGAAAGUUUUUUCGGAGGUCCCGCCCAGAGAGGCCAUGUCCCACGGCCCCCGGCAGCCAGGCGGGGCCACCGCGCCUGCGGGAGGCAAGACUCCGAGCCAGCAUGGGGCCUUUGUAGUGGCUGUCAAACAGGAACGCAGCGAGGGUCCCCGUGCGGGAGAGAAGGGGUCCCAGGAGGAGGAGCCUGUGAAGAAGAGAGGCUGGCCCAAGGGCAAGAAGAGAAAGAAGAUUCUCCCCAAUGGGCCUAAGGCUCCUGUCACGGGCUAUGUUCGCUUUCUGAACGAGCGGCGGGAGCAGAUUCGCACUCGCCACCCGGACCUGCCCUUUCCUGAGAUCACCAAGAUGCUGGGCGCCGAGUGGAGCAAGCUGCAGCCGGCAGAAAAGCAGCGGUACCUGGAUGAGGCGGAGAAGGAGAAACAGCAGUACUUGAAGGAGCUGUGGGCAUACCAGCAGUCAGAGGCCUACAAGGUCUGCUCGGAGAAGAUCCAAGAAAACAAAAUAAAAAAAGAGGACUCUGGCUCUGGACUCAUGAACACACUCCUGAACGGGCACAAGGGUGUGGACUGCGAUGGCUUUUCCACCUUCGACGUUCCCAUCUUCACUGAAGAGUUUUUGGACCAAAACAAAGCACGUGAAGCGGAGUUGCGGCGCCUGCGGAAGAUGAACGUGGCUUUCGAGGAGCAGAAUGCGGUGCUGCAGCGCCACACGCAGAGCAUGAGCAGCGCGCGCGAGCGUCUGGAGCAGGAGCUGGCGCUGGAGGAGCGGCGCACGCUGGCGCUGCAGCAGCAGCUGCAGGCCGUGAGGCAGGCGCUCACCGCCAGCUUUGCCUCGCUGCCGGUGCCCGGCACCGGGGAGACGCCGACGCUCGGGACCCUGGACUUCUACAUGGCGCGACUGCACGGAGCCAUCGAGCGUGACCCCGCGCAGCACGAGAGGCUGAUCGCGCGCGUCAAGGAGAUCCUGGCGCGAGUGGCCAGUGAACACCUGUGACAGAGCCCUCCAGGACCGGGAGACGCCCGUCCCCACCCGCCGAGGAAGAAGCUGGGGGUCCUGAUGGGGCCGCGCCCCGUGCUGCACCUUGGGGUCUCCAGAACCCCCCUCAAAUGAAGUGUCAACGCAUCCCUUUAGCUUCGAAUCCUAGACUCCCUGGUUGCAGAUCCCGGGCCCUCCCUGCCUUGCAGGGAGAGGAACGGAGGAGCCACAGCCGCUCGACUUGGACACACCCCGCCCCAGGUGCAGAGCUCGACCCUAGGGCACUCACCGCAGGGCCGGGGGUCCCACUGCGCAGGCGCUGGGCGACGUGUCACAGCCAGGGGAGGCUGCAGUAUAACCCCCACCCCAGUGUCUUCCAUCACCCGAUCCGGACUUUUAAAUAAAAAGAAGUGGG